AUGGCUCGCGAACUAGCCAAUACUUCUAUAUCCAGCGAUGAAGAUCUCCCAUUGCCUACGUCCACUUCACGUCUUUUCCAUGUAUACAACAGACGGCGCAAGAACGACUUCGCUAUUCUCACAGCCGAUAAAGCCCCUCUGGCCUACGUGCGAUCCUCGUCAUUCACCAUCGGCAAGCCCGACCUGACAUACCACGCGGGUGAAACAGACCAGGCCCCUAUCACCGCUGUCUGCAAAUUCAUCAACUUCUCGCGGCACAGCAAAAUAGGAUUCGGCGAUCCAAACAAUCCGAAUAUCAUCUGGGAGGACCUGAAACGAUAUAAAUUAACGAACCACUAUCGAAUGGAAAUGACGCUGAAUAAUAAUGAAGGCAUCCGAAAAGCCUUUGUGUGGAAACGAACAAAUCAUACCCCGAUCGGAGACGAUAUGCCAGCUAUGCUGAGCACGAAGAAUUUCAAGCUUAUCGAUGAGCAAACAGAAGAGUUGGUUGCAGUAUAUGUUAAUAAUGGAGUCAAGAGUUGGGAGAAGUGCGGCAAAUUCCAAAUCAAUGUCAACUAUGGGGCGCAAUUCGAUGUCAUGGUAUUAAUUACGGGAUUGUCGUUAUUGGAGAAAGAAAGGCGGCGGGAGAGAAGGAAUAAUUAG